GAAUCCGUGACGCGCAUUUUAGGCGACGGAGAAUCGCACGGUUCGUCCGUCCAAGCAGACCAAAUGGACGGAGUUUGCUAAGAUAAACCGAUAGUUUUGUAACAUACGUCGCUUGUCGUUUUACGCCGUGUGUUGACGUUGUUCUGUGCGAGAUGUCUGGCUUACUUUACGCGGUCGGUGGAUUGUUUUAAACUUUAUUUGUGCGGUUAUCUCGCUCCGCAAGCUGCACGCUCGUAGUUUGUCCCAACAAAAAUGACUCUUCCUGCUUUGCAAAACACCGGCGUUUUCUACAGGAGGAUCCUGUCCCAGUUUCCUCAGGACAUCAGCUUAGCGUUUGCUUACGGAUCUGGCGUUUUCAAGCAGGCUGGAACCAGCCAAGGUCAAAUGGAGAAGAACAUGCUGGACUUUGUGUUUGCGGUGGACGACCCGGUGACGUGGCACACCAUGAAUCUGCUCCAGAACCGCAAACACUACUCCAUCCUCAAGCUGCUGGGGCCCAAUAAGAUCAGCGGCAUACAAAAUGACCACGGAGCUUCAGUUUACUACAACACGCUGGUGCCUGUUGACGGACGGAUAAUUAAAUACGGGGUGAUUAGUACAGACUCUCUGAUUGACGACCUCAUGCACUGGAGGACCUUGUAUGUCGCUGGACGCCUUCACAAGCCGGUGAAAAUGUUGGUGCAGGGCGAGAACGCGAAGCUCCGCGCUGCUCUGGUGUCCAACCUGAAGAGUGCGGUCACAGCGUCCUUCCUCAUGCUCCCAGAGAGCUUCACUGAGGAAGACCUUUUCCAUCAGAUCGCGGGGCUUUCUUAUGCUGGGGAUUUUAGGAUGGUGAUUGGAGAGGACAAGUCCAAGGUGGCCAACAUUGUCAGAGACAACAUUCAACACUUCAGGAUUCUUUACAGCAACAUCCUUCGGGACUGCCCUCAGGUGGUCUACAAACCUCCGCAAGGAAAACUUGAGGUUGACAAAAGCCCCGAAGGUCAGUUCCUCCAGCUGAUGACGCUGCCCCUAACUCUUCAGCAGAGGAUCACAAAGCUGGUGGAUCCUCCGGGGAAAAACCGGGAUGUGGAGGAGAUCCUGCUGCAGGUGGCUCAGGACCCUGACUGUGGAGCCGUGGUGCAACAAGGUAUCUCAUCUAUUGUUAAAACUUCCAGCAUAACACAGAGCAUCAAAGGCAUUGCUACAGCUGGCUUAUGGAAGACCGUGUCCUACAGCUCCAAAAAAAUGAUGAAGAUGUGGAAGGGCUGGAGGAGGAAACCGUCGGUCUCGCAGAUCUCCUGAUGCAAUCUACUAGGAAUUUCUCUCAGUUACCGAUGGCGAGAACCAGUUAUUAAAUCUGUACAUAAAAGUUAACCCAGAAAAACUGUGACUGCAGCCAACACACUUUAAACUUUGUAGAUCAUGGCUUCCAUCACCUUGUGUGCAUGGCGUGGAAGUGUCUCUGUCCCAUUAAACCUCUGAUGGCGGCGAAUAAACCGUCACGUUUCCAGAGUAAGACUGAAAAUAGGUUUUAUAGUUGUACAUACAGUCGUGUAAUACUGCUGAGACAGCCACGGGAAAGCUUUGGCAAUGUAAAGGUACUGUAAGAACAUAGCUGGAACAAUUUACCUCAAGAAUAAGUUUUAGUUUUAGUUAAGAGUUACCUCUAUGCAGUUUCUUUUUUCCCCCCAUGUGAGUGGAAGCUGCUUUGGGUUUGAUGCCUAACAAACACACACGUGCGUCUUUGCUCCUGUAAUCACUUUGCCAAAGAUUUGUUCAAUUUGUAUGUCUCUCUUUGUUUUUAUUCUUUCACCGCAGUUGUUUGAUGGGGAGCUGCCUCCGCUGGUUCCACACUACUUUUUAGAAAAUGUAUUAAAGCCCUAAUUAAAACACAGCAACAACA